AUGGAGCUCCAAAUUCCCACCGUCACUGUUGACGAUUUACGCGCCUUUCAUGCACAACACUUUCCACACGCGUCGGCGCCAGAACACGUCUUACACGGCUUUGGACCAGAAGCAGAGGCGGCCGAAGAGUACUUCGACGAAGCAGACGAUGGGUUAGGCUACUACCCUGACGGCACGAAGCGCACCCUGACAGACGAGCAAAUUGCCAUGUUCCGACAUUCGGAAAUUCAUGCUAUGCUCCGCAAACGGCGGCUACAGAAAGAGAACGGCGAAGUCUCCGAUGGCAAGGCUGUCUCUGCGAGUCCACCACCACCUUGUCCUCCAACACAAGAGGACUCACACAAGCCCGCAGAUGUUGACAACACACAGCCUGAUAAACCUUCAGGGUCGAAGAAACAACAGUGGGCGACCACGAGCGCAACGACCAAAGCUAAGAACAAGAGAAAACGAGAUAGAUAUGCGAAGAGGAGAAAAGAAAUAAGGCUGGAGAGAGGCUUGCCGCGAAGAAGAAGUGGCCGUGAUGGCGCUGACAGCGGUGACAGCGACGAUGGGAGCGACGAAUGGGAUGCAUGGCAUCAGGCUAAUGGGCCUGAUGUGCAGAAAGACGACACCCUCGAUCUCGACUACUGA